UACCUAUUUCGUGCUUGGGCUCCAGGCAUGGCGGUUGCUGGCCGUUUGGGCGGCGGAAGGGCCUGCCAGCGACCGGUUAUUCAGUCUUUACUGAAUGCCAGGAGAAGUAUUCACAUCUUGCAAACAGCACAUCGACCUAAGUUGCUCCAGCUAGCGGGCGUCGUCGAAAAAUGUCUCCCCAGCAUUCACCUCCAACAGGCUCGCCUCUUUCAUCCAUCAUGGUCAAACCUGAAAAAGGACUACUAUGAAACACUAGGAGUAUCCAAAAAUGCAUCCGCCAAGGAUAUCAAGAAAGCAUACUAUCAGCUUGCCAAGAAAUAUCACCCUGACACCAACAAGGAUGACCCAAAAGCAAGCCAGAAAUUCCAGGAGCUCUCUGAAGCAUAUGAGGUGCUCAGCGAUGACACCAAGAAGCGCGAGUAUGACGCCUGGGGCGCCACACGGGAGCAGAUGGGCAACGCCGGCCGCGGACACCCCGGCGCCGGUGGCUUCGGUGGUCAGCAGUGGGACUUCCACUCCCAGGUCGAUCCCGAGGAGCUCUUCAGGAAGAUUUUCGGCGACUUCGGCCAGCGCGGUGGCGGGGGCUUCGGCGGGGACUUUGACCAGAACUUCGAGGAGUCGCGCUUUGGGUUCGGAGCCUCGCAAGAGGUGGCCAUGAACCUGACGUUCCAGCAGGCGGCGCGUGGCGUCAACAAGGAGAUCACCAUCAACACGGUGGAUACGUGUCCCGUGUGCGGUGGAGCGCGCGCCGCUCCCGGCACCAAGGCCGUGCGCUGCCCGCAGUGCCACGGCACCGGCAUGGAAACCAUCAGCACAGGUCCAUUCGUGAUGCGUUCCACAUGUCGCCAGUGCCAGGGCACGCGGAUGUACAUCCCGCACAAGUGUGUCGAGUGUAACGGCAAGGGCAGCACCGUGCAGCGCAAGACCAUCAGCGUCCCGGUGCCGGCAGGCGUGGAGGACGGCCAGACGGUGCGUAUGCAGGUCGGCGGCCGGGAGCUGUUCAUCACGUUCCGCGUGUCCCGCUCGGACUACUUCCGACGGGACGGCGCCGACGUCCACACAGAUUGCUGGGUGGGCCUCACGCAGGCAGUCCUGGGCGGCGCUCUCAGGGUGCAGGGCAUCUACGAGGACUUGACUGUUCGGAUACCGCCGGGCACAUCGUCUCACACGCGUAUCCGGCUCAACGGGAAGGGAAUCCGCCGGGUCAACUCGCACGGCUACGGCGACCACUACGUGCACAUCAAGAUCAAGGUGCCCGAUAAGCUGGACGAUCGACGGAAGGCGCUGUUCCAGGCACUGGCCGAAAUGGAGUCGGGAGGAGCGGGUACAGUGGACGGCGUCACUGGCACCAAGGAUGACAAUGUGGCUGACAAACCGCUGGCAAGUUCAGAGGAGCAGACCAAACAGGAAAUAGAGAGCCAAGAAGGCCUCUUCUCUAGGAUAAAGAAAGCAAUAUUCGGCUAAGUGCCCGGGUAUCGACGGACGAGCUGGAAAGUGGGCGGUCUGCUGGGCUGGGCUGCUAUCCUUAUUUACUGUGUCUGUGCCUGUUGCAGGAGCCCGUGUAUCGACGGACGAGCUGGGCGGUCUGCUGGAGAGGAUCCGGGCGGCUCUCUCACCGCCGGCGCCCGGAGAAGAGACGGGGAGUGGCGCAGCUGAGUCGGGCAGUGGCGCAGCUGAGUCGAGCGGUGCCGCAGCUAACAGUGAGAAUAGUACCAGCGGGGAAAGCACAGCGUCCAGCAGUGGAGACACUACAGCGCCCAGUGGUGACGGCGCCGCCUCCGAACGGGACUCGGAACACUCGGAGGAAAAGCGCAAGCGACGGGAGCACGGGUGAGGCAGAGAGGGGUGCUGUUUGGUAGCCUGGUAUGGGAAUCUACGGCGGGACUGCCACAUUCUGUGGGCCCGGCCCGUCGGGCUGUCAGUGCUGGUUGUGCCUGUCGGAGGUGGUGCGUUUAGUCAGGAGCUGCCGUGCGCCGUGCGACUGGCCUGACUGAAGUAUCACGCAGACUGCCCUCCUCGUCUCUGGAAGGUGAGAGCGUCCCGCGUCGCUAAUGUCACCGAAGUACCCGACGCCGACACUCGUGUGCCCCGCUGGCUGCUCUGCUCGCCCCUGGGGCGGGUGGUGGGCGUCCCGCGGCCGUAGACUCGCCACCAUGCCUGGCUCUGCCGCCGUCGGAGACCCAGUCCCGGACAGUCCGGGGGCAAUUGUGAUCUGUGAAAUGAAUGAUAUGCAUUUUGUUAGUGGAAUGAUGACAUCACAAUAAUGACGUACGAAUGAUU